ACAUUGCCAAUCCGUCUCUCGUCGACAGUUCAGACCGAUCUCCAGUCCGAAGCGCAGUACAAAUUCGGACUUCUUUGGAUCAUAUUGUUAGCUUCUUGUGCUGCUCUUAUAAUCCAAUCCCUCGCCGCGAAUCUCGGAGCCGUCACCGGAAAGCAUUUAGCCGAGCAUUGUCGCGAGGAGUACCCUAAGGUCCCGAACUUCAUCCUAUGCGUAGUUGCUGAGCUAGCUAUAGUCGCUUGCGACAUUCCGGAAGUUAUCGGGAAGCUUUGCGAGGACUAUUCAUUCCACAAUUCGACGGAAGUGGCGCUAGCACAACCUUUUCCUUCACUCCGCAUUGGUGCUUUCGAGGAAAACUCUGCGAUCCAUCAACGGUAUCAAAGUAAUGUCUCCUAUCGAGUCGAGGCUCAAUUGCUCGAAAGGGUGAUGUUCGAUUGGUAUUGUCGAUGGAUUGCACGUAACGUUCCCGUCUUCUUUCAUGUCGAUUCUAUUUGAUCGAGAGUGGUUUCGCCUUAAUGAUCGCCUUUCUAAUCAACGUGUGCGUUAU